CGCUGCUUUGCGUUUUGCCGUCCGCCGUCGUCGUCGUCGUGUUUGAUGAACGCUCUUGCAAAGGGAUUCGCAAUUUUCGGUGGCUCGAAGUGAACGAAAAAGUGGCGAAAAUUAGUGGAAAACUGUCGCAAAGUGGUGCCGGAAGUCGCGCUAGAAGAACCCCGCAGUGUGUGACCACAGAAGAAGGUGCAUCCCCUGAACCACGGACCACGGGAUUCGGUGCAGAAGAUUUGGAUUGUCGGGUCGGGAUUCUCUGGCUGGACAAGCAGCCUUUCUCCUUUGGCUGGUUUUUGUAUUUUUUUUCUGAUUGUUCCGUCGGUUCCCAUCAGUGAGCGAGUGUGUGUGCGUGGGGUGCUGUCGGUCGGUCGGAACACCAGCACCAGAAGAGAACAAGAAGCACCUCCAGAAGCGAAUCUCGUCGUCCCGCAAUGUUCCGGAAUGGGUGGACACGGGCGAUGGGAUGAACGAGUUGGAUAGAUUGUCCGUGUUUGAUACGGGUUCCAACAGGCCGGAAUGUUUAUGCUAAUGAGGGAAUGUUUACCGGUGGGAAUGUUCUGAGUGAGUUGGAAUAGAAGAGUCCGAUUCCGUAGAUCUUCGAGCAAUUACAAUCCAUCAGGAACAGAGUAGUUGCUGAUCACCGACAGAAAGAAGAACGCCAAAUUGUUUCUGUUUUUUGUGGAGAAUCGAAAAAAGCCAUCGGCACUGCUACGAGUUAAUGUGAAGCAACAAAGCAAGCAAGAGGAAGCCAUAAGUUGAAAUCCUCGUCGUAUUGGUCGCGAUCUGAAAACAAGAUUUAAAAAUGUUCGCGAAAAAAGUGUGAAUAGAGAGUCCGUGUUCCAGGCGAAGGCAGAGAAUCGUUCGAAUUGGUGUCCGUCCCCCGCCGGGGCUGCCUUCGUAGUUUUUUUUUAUUAGUUUGUUAGUUUUCGGCAUCCAUGUCCCUCUAUACUACUUCGAGCCCACGUGUGUGCCUGAAAGUCCGCCGUCGUUAAGUGGUUUGUUUUCGGUGCCGUUCUUGUCCGGUUUUGGGCCGCGAAUGUGUAUGUGAGUUUGUGUCUGUGUAUGUGAAAAUCGUUUCGCGCGUAGAUGAUUAACACGCGAAUGAGGAAAUGAGAUUGAAGAUAGGUAGUGCUUAAGGUGAAACAUCAUUAUCGCCAACAACAACAGCAGCUAGCAACUUGUGAAGAAGAAAUGAAGAGAAGAAAGAUUGAAGCGGAAAUUGCAAAUUGUGGUUACUAAAUAGAAUAAAUCAACACGCAAACCGUAGCUUAGAACGAGGCUAAUGUGUAUUAGAAGUUGAUGUGUAAUUAUCGCGCGAUAUCAUUCGACUACUGUUGGUAACCGGCACCUUUAACAUUAUUAUUUGUGGCCGCGAUUGAAGUUUUUCAAAUUUCAUUCAAUGACGAAGCCUCGCGAAAUGGAAUGUGGGGCAAAAUGAGCUAGGCGGCGCAAAUAUACGAUGGCACACCAACAGACUGAUAUAAAUGAAAGUAUUCGCAAAAGUAAAAAUAAAGGUGCUGAUAAGAAACAGACAAACAAAGCAAAUAGUUUACAGAAUGGUACCGAUACUCAACAAGGUGGAAGGAAUUCUAAAAGUUGCCCAAUAAUGGGUGGCGAGAAAACGAAAUCUCCUGCGUCCGGUGCUGCCGGAGGCAAUGGUGGCCAAGCUCCUGCUUCGCCGGCCUCCGGACCACCUCAUCCGCCGCAUCCUGGAUCCGAAAAUGCCCCCGGAAUGCACCCUUAUGAAUCUUCUGGACAUCACAUGCCGCCUUCUGGUAAUACCGGUCCAUCGGAUCCUAGCACUAACAACAAAGACGAUAUGCAUCAUCACCCUCAGCAUCACCCGAUGCACCAGCAACAUCCGCAACAUCACCAGCAUCAGAUGUACGGCCAACCUCCGAUGCAACAUCAACAGUAUCCCAGAUACCAUCACGAUCCCAACAUGCCCCCAGGAGGACCGGAUCCGUAUGCUCACUACCGAAUGGGCGCAGCGCCUAGUGGCAAACCCGGUUCCAUGAUUCCCCCGAAUAGGCCACCACCGCAGCGUUAUAUGCAAGGUCCGGGUCCGGGACAGCCACCACAGCAUCCAGGGCAUCCGGGCCAGCAGCAGACGCAAGGUCCCACGCCGACAUUGAAUUCGUUGUUGCAGUCGCACCCGCCACCACCGCCCCAUUCCCAGCAUCGUUAUCCCAACAGUUACGACCCUAAUCCGGCACAGCAGCCUCCGCCACCAGGUCCGGGUCAAUCACCGGGGCCACAACCGGGUCAGCAGCAACAGCCGUCACAACAGCAACAACCACAACAACCACCAUCCUCGGGACAGCCUCCACAACCGUACGGUGGUCAUCAGCAAGGGUGGGCUCCACCACCCCGCCCCUAUAGCCCUCAGCAUCAGAUGGGCUCCCAGCAAUCGUAUCGUCCUCCACCACCGGGUUCAAACGCUCGCGGCCAAUCGCCAUACCCGCCCGGUGCACCGGGUCAGAGCCCCGGUAGUUACCCACCGCCAUCCCAACAGCAAGGUGGUGGCCCACAAUCGCAACCGGGCCAACAAGCUGGUCAACAGCAGCCGCCUGGUCGCGUUGAUCAGGGAGGACCACCUCCCCCACCGCAGGGGCAUCAACCGCCAGGGCAACCACCACAGGCAUCCCCGGGGCAACCCGGAAGUGGUCCACCGCCAUCGGGGCCAUACCAGCAACGAUAUCCGACUCCGCCUGGACCGAAUGCCGGUCCCAACCAUCGGUCCCCUUAUCCUCCCCAUCAGUACGAGCCAGUAAGGUCGUGGCCAUCGCCGGCCGCAAGUCCGGGCCCAGGUGGACAGCAGCAGACACAUUUACCUCCCUCGCCGCACGGUCCACCGCAGAGCCCGGGCCAUCACGGGUCCGGCCCGAGUCCGUCCCCGCAACCUCCGCAGCCCGCACAAUCUCCACACCAGGAUUCGACGGGUCAAAACAGUAAUGACAGCUCGAGUGGUGGUGCAACAGGUGGUGCUUCCGCUGCUCCCGGUACUCCCAAUUCUCAGGGCAUGAGGCCCAGUCCGUCGCCGACAGGUUCUUCUGGGUCCCGAUCUAUGUCGCCGGCAGUUGGUCAGCAGAGUUUACCGAUGCCGCCGCGCCCCUCCAGUAGUCACUCCCAAGUUCCAAAUCAAGCACAGAAUCAAUUAGGUAGUAGUAGUAGUAAUCUAGGUCACGGUAAUCAAUCACAGCAGCAGCAGCCACCCGAUCAUUCGAGGGUAGCAUCACCGAAUCGUCCACCUUCCGCUUCGUCAGCCGGAGGUCCCCAACAGCAGCAGCAGGGUCCACUGCCACCGCAAGCCGGAAUGGCAGCGCAAGGAUAUCAGACGCAACCACCACACCCGCCGCACAUGCACGGCGGCUACAAGAUGGGACCAAGUCCCGGUGGGCCAGGUGCAGGUAUGCCUGGUCCACAGCAAAUGUCACCAUAUCCGCCACACAAUCCUCAAUCGCAGCAGUAUUCACAUUCGCAAGGAAGUUAUUCUCCCCGGCCGCAGUACCCGGGAGGUUAUGGCCCAACACCACCAGGUGGUCAACCGGGGCAACCACCACCACCCGGUCCGCCACCAAACAGUGUAGCCGGUGGCCCUGGUGGCUAUCCGGGCCAUCGAAUGCCAAACCAUGUCGGUGGACCUCCACCGCACUCUCAAUAUCCUCCACAUCAACCGUAUCAGCAAGGCUGGGGUCCACCGGGUCCCGGUCCACAGGGUCCCGGAGGUCACGUGAACAAUCAUCAGCAGCAACCAGGGAAGGGCAUGCCCCCAACCGGUGUCCCGCCAUCACCGCAAUCGAAUCAAGCACAGUCCCAACAGGGACCACCGACGGGAGGACCUCCGCAAAGCGGAUCUCCACGCCCUCUCAACUAUCUUAAGCAGCAUCUGCAACACAAGGGCGGCUACGGUGGUGCCCCUAGUCCCACACCGCCCCAAGGCUACGGUAACGGUCCCGGUAUGCACCCGCCGAUGGGUCCACCGCACCACAUGGGCCCGCCAAUGGGGCCCACCAGCAUGGGACCCCCGUCGGGUACUCCUCCGAACCAGCAGGGACCACCGGGCCCGCCGGGAGGACCACCCCAGCAGCAGCACACACCGCCACAGAGCGGACCCAACAGUCAUCCGGACGGGUCGCUACCACCACAGCCACCCCAUCCGGAAUCGGGCCCGCUCGGACAGGAUAACGGCGGGUUGCCACAUCCAGUUACCUCACUCGUUACAACGGGACCUGAUGGCGCUCCUCUCGAUGAAGCCAGUCAGCAGAGUACCUUAUCCAAUACCUCAGUAGCUUCCGGUGAAGAUCCGCAGUGCUCGACGCCGAAAUCGCGCAAAGGCGACCUCUACAACCAAAGUCACCUGACUAGCACGCCGACGACCGCCUCGCCCGGACCGCACAAUCAGCACGAAGACUUCGAGAUGAACUCGCCCACAUCCUGGCCCCGGCCGCCAGCUAGUCCAGUAUUUAACAGCCACGUUCCUCCCGCGGAGACUCCUUUUAGAUCAACUAAGAAAUCCGACAGCUUAAACAAGUUAUACGACAUGGAUGACAAGCCGGAGCGAAGGCCCUGGCUGGACAAGUUGCUGGCUUUUAUGGAGGAGCGGCGAACGCCCAUCACGGCGUGCCCCACGAUCUCGAAGACACCCCUGGAUUUGUACAAGCUGUACAUCUUAACACAGGAGCGCGGCGGUUUUCUUGAGGUUACCAAGAGCAAAACGUGGAAGGACAUCGCUGGGUUGCUCGGCAUCGGUGCUAGCAGCAGCGCCGCUUACACGCUACGAAAGCACUACACCAAGAAUCUGCUACCGUUCGAGUGCAAGUUCGACCGUGGCGGCAUCGACCCGGCCCCUAUCAUUGCCCAGGUCGAAGCCGGUUCGAAGAAGAAGUCGAACAAAACGGCUUCGGUCCCUUCUCCGGGAUCGUCCAACUCGCAAGACUCAUUCCCAGCACCCGGCAGUAGUAGCGCCUCAAUGGACGGAUAUGGUGCCUAUCCGGGUGGAGCUGCAGCCGGCGGAUAUCCACCCGGCGUCAAUCCGGAAUAUGCGCAGCAGGGUCAGCAAUCGGGCCCGGGACAGCAGCCGCCAACUGGUGCGCCCGGUCAGCAACCCCCAGCACAGCAGAAUCUACAACGACCCCCGUCGCAGCAAAGUGGAACACAAUCUCCUCAUCCAGGCUCGGCACCACCGACCACCGGAGAUAACAUUAGUGUGAGCAAUCCCUUCGAUGAUCCCGUUGGCCCUCAGCGGCCACCGUAUCAGCAAGGUGCUCCAUAUCCACCGGCUUCACGACCACAAGGUGCUCCCUAUCCGGGACAACCAGGAGGCUAUCAGUACGGCGCUCCCGAUCAGUAUGGACAAGGACAGCCGGGUCAGUACCCGCCCGGACAGCAAGGUCAAUAUCCACCCGCCAGUAGACCGAUGUAUCCUCCAUACGGACCACCGGAAUCCGGCGAAGGACGAUCAACACCGCCGGCUCCAGGUUCCGCCCCACCGGCAACUGCCGAUCCGUACCGAGGCUAUGGCAGUGGCCCAUAUCCUCCACCACCACAGCAGCGACCAUACGGGCAGCAACCGCCACCCGGUAGUUCUGGCCCAUCGCAGACACCCCCGGCCGGUCCACCGGGUGCUGCCAGUCAACCGCCGGUUAGCGGUGCCCCCGGACAGCAACCUCCGGCUGGGCAAGGGCAGGGAUAUCCCGCAACACCACAACAACCACCACAAUCGGACUACUAUCGACCAGAUCAGCCUAAUCAGCCACGGAGGCAUCCCGAUUUUGAGAAGAAUCAGCAGCCCUAUCCUCCAUACCAGCAGCGACCGCAGAUGUAUCCGGGAGGAUGGCAGGGCGGGGCAGGCCAGUACCGCGGUCAGUAUCCUCCCCAGGGACCUCAGCAACAGUGGGGAACCCACAACGGUCCACGUCCUAGCGGCCCACCCGGUGCCCCGGCUGGUCCUCCAGGAGCUCCCGGAACACCCAAUCAAUGGAAUGCGGAGCCCAAUCGGUACCCGCCGAAUCAGCAGCCACCGUACCCGCCUCACCAACAGAACCAGCAACAGCCGUGGAACCAGAUGCCACCGACAUCGCAGGGCUCACCGCUGCGACCGCCGCAACGAGGCGGCAAACCGUUUUCGUCCAUGCAACAAGCAGGUAUGUCCAGCAGUAUGCCUCCAGCGGCACAACCCCCGGCACCCGCCGGUGCUCCACCAGGCGCAGCUCCUGUUGUUCCCGGCCCAACGGUGGGUAGCGCCCCGCCAGUUGCCCCGCAAGCUGCACCCCAACCAGUCGGCGCCACUGUAAAACCAGCGCCCCAGGCGCCGUUCCCUCCGGCCAGUACCGUCGCACCGAAGCGGGAUAUUGUGUUCCCUCCGGAUAGCAUCGAAUCCACGGCUCCAGUGCAGUACAAACGGAAACGAAUUAACAAGUUGGACAUCGGUCAAACGGACCCGUGGCGGAUAUUCAUGGCUCUCAGGUCUGGACUGCUGGUGGAGAGUACCUGGGCGCUGGAUGUGUUAAAUAUUCUGCUGUUCGAUGAUUCGUCUGUGGGCUACUUCGGACUGACGCAUCUGCCGGGACUGUUAAAUCUGUUGUUGGACCAUUUCCAGAAAAGUUUGAGCGACAUGUUCGAAACAACGGAUCGCAAAAAGCUUGCCUAUGGCAAAGCGUAUGGAUGGUUCGGUAAAGACACAGAAGAAAGCGAAGAGGAUGAGGAAGAUGAAGAGUUAGACGAGGAGAGAAGGGCUUUCGAAGAAGCGAUGCAGAUCAAGCAGGAAGUAGGAGACAUCAAAAUCGAAAAUGGAGAGACGGAAGAACAAGAUGGACUGAAGCGGAGCUGUCGAAGGGAGAGAAAACGAGAGCAACGUAAAAGUAGAAAGGCAAGUGAACUUGAUUUGGGCAGCGUGAUCGAUUUACCAAACCCAGACGACCGGAUAGUGGUCUUCAAUUCUACUACGAAUUAUACGAUGAGUUCACGGAAAGGUCUUCCGGUGAAGAUUCAACCCGCAGAGGAUGACGUGUUUGUGUUAAAUCAUAGAAAGGAGUGGGAUCGAACGGCGGACGAUCGAUACCAUCGAGAAACCGAUGUUGGGGGUGAUCCUUGGACCGCAGGACACUCAGAACCGGACCCCCACGACUACAUCAUGGAGACGUUCCAGGCCGAGUUUGUAAACAUUCCAUUUGCUAGGCUGAUUAGGACAAGUAGGAAGUAUAAGAUGCGAUGCAAGAGCAACAAUAACAACAACAACAGUAGCAGCAACAAUAACAAUAGAAGUAAUAGCCCCUUGAAACGAAAGAAUGCCGAAGAUGAGCAAAGUGAUAGCGAAAAGUGCAACAGGACAAACGGUGAAAACCGAAUAGUGAACGGGGAAACCACGGAAGCCGAAGAAGACUCCAAACCAAGUGUGGAUAGUUUUGUGGUGAAGAAGGAAGUACCCGAAGUGACUCCGUCGAGCGAUGCCGAUUGUCGAGAGAUUGACAUGGAGCUGGAGAAGAGCAGCUUAUCGAACGGUCCACAGGAGGGACCAACGGCGGAAGAGUCUGACUGCAAAGAGGACGUCAAAAUGGAAAUUGAGGAGGAGAAGCUGGACGAGGAGGAAGUGACCGAGAAGAAGUUCAAUGUUGCUGCAACGAUCGAAGAUCCAGCGAAGGUGUUGAAGCGCCGAAGAAUGAGCGACUAUGAAGAUGAAUGCUACACGCGAGACGAAGCCAGUCUUUAUCUCGUCACGGAAGGCCACGAUGCGUUGGCUAGGCGAUGUGUGGCUAUCUCGAACAUUCUGAGGAAUUUGACAUUUGUUCCAAACAACGAGAAUGAGUUUGCGCGAUCCUCUCGGUUUUUAUCGAUCCUGGGGAAAAUAUUGCUACUCCAUCACGAACAUCCGGUCCGCACGAAGAAAACCCGCAACUACGAUCGAGAGGAGGAUGCCGAUUUCUCCGAUUCGUGCAGCAGUUUGCAGGGUGAAUCGGAGUGGUGGUGGGAUUUUUUGGUGCAAAUCCGAGAGAACAUGUUAGUUUCAAUGGCGAAUAUCGCCGGGCAGCUGGAUUUGUCCCUCUUUGAAGAACCCAUUUCGAGGCCUAUCUUAGAUGGGCUCCUGCACUGGUCCGUUUGUCCAUCGGCGCAUGGACAGGACCCGUUCCCAACUUUGGGAACGAACUCAGUAUUAUCUCCGCAGCGGUUAGCACUGGAAGCACUGUGUAAGCUGUGCGUAACUGAUUCCAAUGUGGAUCUUGUGAUAGCAACGCCUCCGUACACGCGACUGGAAAAACUCUGCUCCGUUCUGACACGACAUUUGUGCAAAAAUGAGGACCAAGUCCUCCGGGAGUUCUCGGUGAACUUGUUACACUACCUGGCCGCAGCGGAUAGCGCGACGGCUCGUACGAUAGCGUUACAAUCUCCGUGUGUCUCUUACCUGGUGGCAUUCAUAGAACAAGCGGAACAGACUGCUUUGGGAGUGGCCAACCAGCACGGAAUUAAUUACCUGCGGGACAAUCCCGACUCCAUGGGAACCAGCUUAGAUAUGCUCCGACGAGCCGCCGGAACACUACUGCACCUUGCUAAGCAUCCCGACAACCGACCCUUGUUCCUCCAGCAGGAGCAACGACUCCUAGGUCUAGUCAUGAGUCACAUCCUCGACCAACAGGUAGCCCUCAUAAUCAGCCGAGUAUUGUUCCAAUGUUCACGCGGCACCGGCCCUCUUACCACGAUGGAAAUCGAAUCCUGUCUCAGCAGCAGCAAAAGUGACUCCAAGAAAGCUUCAGAAAAAGAACCCUCCGAAGCGAGCAAGUCUUCGAUGCAUUUAAAUUCAAUCAUUGCCAACAAUAGUAGCCCCAGCAACUGCAGCAGCAAUUCCCAUUCUGCCACAUCAAUGGGGGCACCUCCGGCACCGGCAGCCCUCCCAUCGUUGUCGUCCACACCGACGAAAUCGACGGAGCAGUUCACCUCGCUGAUGUCUCCGCAGUCGGCUUCGUUGUCCUCGGCGACGAUGCCGGCCCCAUCGGCACCGGUCAGCAACAACGGGGGCCCACCGGCCUUCGUACCUCCACCCGGAUCACCGUCAUCACCGGCGGCCAACAACGGCAGCAGUAGUUCUGAGGUCGUUUCGCCACCGCCACCGCCAGCCCCGCAGCACCCGAUUACGGCUUCCUCGUAGUGGAAGAAAUCGCUUCUGGUCAAAGCGGCAGAAGAGAGCGCCUAACCGGCGCGCUCCCGAUUAAUUAAUUAAUUAUUAAAUAUUAGACAAAAUUAGGAAGAGAAAUGGAAAGGUGGAUAACACUCUACUAGAUGCAUAUAAUAUAUAGGAGACGAACGAGAGCGAGAGAUAGAGAUCAAAAGCUUUGACGUGUGCGAAAAUAUCCUUUAUUAUUAUUGUACAGUAGAUUUUUAAGGAACUUGAUGGACGCGAAGCAGAGUGUGCAUGCGUGGUGUGAUAUUACUUAUGUGUAAUACGGAAACCUAUUAAGAUAUAUAUAAUUGUAGAGUAGCACCGAUUUAGCGACGUUGGUGGUGGAAUCCAGCCAACCCCCGGAUCGCCUACUCACGGCGCGAUGGGUAGUUUUUAUUAGAACAAACAAAACAGAUUAUAAGAAUCGGAAACAAUUGGACAACCUCAACCAGGAUAGGACUAUUACCUUAGUAACUACACUUUCAUUGAAUCAAAUUGAAUACACGGUGGAAGCCACAGGCAAACAUCUUAGGAAUGAAUUACCGGUAUCUGAAAGAAGCGUUUGUUGUUUUGUUGCGUCUCUACUUAGUUUUGUUUUUGAAUUGAAGCGAAGUUUUCGCGGGCCCAACAAUUGGAAUUCGCGUGGGUCUGUGAGUGGCUUCUUGAAUCAUAUGUGCAUUAAAACCGCAUGCAGGGAUCUUAAUUGUGACUUUUGUUGCUACGAAUCAAACAUGAGCAGGUAACCAUUAUUGAUGUGUGUGAUUUUUUUUCGUUUUAAUUUUUGUCAGUCUAAUUUCCAAUUAUUGCAAAUUUGUUGAAUUGUGCUUCGUGACAUAUAUGGGUCGAUUUAUGUAGUUUAUUUCUGUAGUGAUCGGACAAAAUUGCUGACCAUGUUCGACGUAAACCACAAGAAUCGGGAAAAGAUAAAAAAAAUGUACAGCUGCAGACAAAUGUGUAUACUCAAAUAUAGUGCUAAUUGAUUGUUUUAAUGCUACACAAACAAGAUAAGCAACGAAUGGCGGAUGAAAGUGCCGAUAUUUAUAGUUCGUGGUGGAAUUAGAAAGUAGUAUGCGUUGGUGAGACGCGGUUACGAGGUGUGUUUGGCAGGGAACAGUGCAAACCGGGGUUGCUAUAAGGCUGGAAUGGUUGACUUCGUAGUUUGAUGCGUUACAAAAUUUCAUCUUCUCAUCAAUAUGGUAAACGAUUCGAUUUUGUAUCGUGAGUAAAGCAAUAACUUCCUAUUACUGGAGAUUUGAAUUACUUGCAAACAAUCCCCCUCUGUUUAAAUAGACUAGAUAUAUAUGGUGAUUGAUGCUGAUGCCGAUUUGUUACUAAUUACAGCUUGCAGAUGAGCUUUUUGCGUCCAUAAAUUGUCGGUUUAGUGCAACAAUGACGCAUCCAAUUUUUCUUUUAGAGAUUUUUUUGACAAAACACGGUAAAUAGUUUCAAGUAUCACUUGCAAAAACCUAUGUUGAUAUUCGUAGAAUAUCGAAAAUAAUUCUCACACCUAACUAAUCAGAUUCUUCAUUAUUCAGUAUUUCUAACAUCAGAACCAUUAGAAAACAGUCAUUUUACAAAUUAUGUGUGAUUUUUUGCUAUAAUAUUAUUAUUUUUGCUGUAAUAUUAUUAUCGAACAGUUCCGCUGUGCAAAACGAAUUCGCUACAUCGAUACAAAAACAAAGCAAUUUAAGUUUGUCAUACGUUUACCACGCAUAUGCCCAAAAAGUGUUGAAAAACCAAAAGAUAGUUGUGCUUAUUCUGUGUCUCGAAUGGUUCAAAAUUGCGACUAAUGCGAUAAAUUGCCACCGUUGAGAUUAAUACCUACCAUAGCUUGGCAAUAAUCUCCUUAACGACUGCUACCCGUAUUAUCUGAACACUUGCGGCACAUGACAUUCUCGAUUUGAGUGUAGGUAUCUCAUUGCCGCAGUAUAUAUUCGGAAAGAUGGAAUUUUUAUAACUACCAUUGUAAGAAAAAUUCUCGAAUACAGUUCAACUUCUCCUGAAGUAAUUGCGUUAUCUUCACCUGAUGUCUAUACUGCCAGUGGGCGCAUAAUUGUCCCAUGUUUCAAACAUGGAUAAUUAUGAGCAAGGAUGUUAUCGAUCAUUUAGUAUUCUGCGUUCGAUCAUUUAAUAGUUAGUCAAUAGCUCAUUUCAGAGGCCUAAUUUCAAAAUGUAUUGUAUGGUGGACUUUUGGUGCGAAAGUUUUUCUGCAACUCUCCUUAACAGGUCGAUGUUCGAAUUCCACUAUUAAAGGAGUUACGGUGCUAGUUGCUAUACUUAUAUUAAAUGAUAAUAAAAUAUGCAAUCAUUUAGUCUAAGUUACUGCUACUAGCACUAUAGCUCUGUUAUUAGUGAAAUUCAAACAACGCGCUGUUAGGCAGAGUUGUAGAUAAACCUUUGCACUAGAAGUCCACCAUACAACACAUUUUAAAAUUUAGCCUGUGGAAUGAGUUAUUGACAAACUACUUAAUGAUCGAAGGCAGAACACUAAAUGAUCGAAAACAUCCUUGAUUAUGAGUCCACCAGCAGUACAGAAAUCAGGUGAAGAUAAAUAGUUAAUUGUUAUUUAUUAAUCGUACGCAAGUCUGUCAUUUUUCUAUACAUCAGUUUAAGGAAGUGUUUCUGUUUAGCAAAGUUGACAUUGGAAGAUUAACUACAGACAAUAGCUGCAAGUCUAUAACUAAUGAUAGAAAUGCCUUUCGCAUAGUACAAUAAUUUUACUGCUUGUUUGAACAUCGCAAUUGUUGAUUUGGUCAUAAUACGUUUUCGCACGCUCCAUGUGCCCACGUUGAUGCAGAAUGUAUCCAGGAAGCAUCUUGUCCCAGCCUUGAAGGAAAAAAACAGCAAAAUUGAAGUUGGUAGUUGUCGGGUAGAUCAUGUUCAAGUAUAUUGCAGACCGCUGAGUAGUGUCGAAUCGAUUCAUGUUGAAGGCGAGUUGUAUCGACGAUUCAAAACACUUAUGGCCCGUUUACAUAUGAGCUAGUUCUAGCGGACAAUCCACUGUCCGACAAUACUAGCGUGAAAUUAGCAUAAUGUAAACACUAUUAGCAGAUGACAAUUCCUGUCUACAUUGUGCUAAUAUCGCGCUAGUAUUGUCGGAUAGCGCAUUGUCCGCUAGAACUAGUUCAUAUGUAAACGGGCCAUUAUGCAGCCUCUCCUUCAACUCCGCAGUAAGCCCAGGAUAGUAUACUAUGUCAUAGUAUGUGAACACAGGCAUUAUUACUGUCUGUACCAGCUUCAGUCGUACUUGAUGGCCCGUUUACAUAUUCGCUAGUUCUAGCAGACAAUGCACUAUCCGACAAUACUAGCGCGAAAUUAGCAUAAUGUAAACACAAUUGGCCGAUGACAAUUCCUGUUUACAUUGUGCUAAUAUCGCGCUAGUAUUGUCGGCUAGUGCAUUGUCCGCUAGAACUAGCGUAUAUGUAAACGGGCCAUGAAGGAAUAGCACGCCGUAAUGUGCGUAAGAUGAUAUACGCUUUCAUUGUUGUAUGGGUGACCUUGAUCUCUCCAUCUCAGAUUGUUGUCCAUCACCAGUCCGAGAUUAACAACUUUGAUUAACAACAAAUGGCUUCGCCACAGAACUUUAUCUCAGUUCUAAGUGUGAUACGUCCAAAGAGGUUGUUUUCGGUUGCUUAACGCUCAAUCGAAUCUAAAUCUUGGUUGAUACUGCUCACUAGCAUGUCUACAUCUUCGACUGGUCCUGAGAUGUAAAUUUGUAAGAUGUCUGCAUAUAGAUGGUACAGACACUUGAGGGUGGAUGGCACUCUGUUUAUAAAAAUACCCUUGGGCCUUGGGGAUUACCAUCAACGAGGAUUCUUUCGCCGGAAAUUACUUCGCCAGAGUUUGACUACUUGUCUCUUGCCUUGUUAAAAGGAUUCAAUCAGACUAACAGCUGAAAGGUCAAGUCCAAAUUCAUUUUGGAGCUUUUGCUGCAGCUUUGCAUGCUUCACGGAAUUGAAGGCUGUAGAAAAGUCCACGAGUGCCAUGACAGUCAGCACAUAAGUCGUCGAAGGUACUGUAGGUAUAUCACAUGAACUACUUUAACUAAAGUAGUCGUAGUACUGUGGUUCUUGCUGGUUCACACUUAUCUGAAUUGCUUCGACUUGACCAGAUUGGCUGUUUUUGGUAUAGGCGUAACGAUAGCUUUUUUUUUCCAGAUGCUCGGAAACUUAUGCGCGUCAAUGAUGAAAAGAAUUCAACGAGUAGGUGAAGUAUAAACGGUCAGAGCAUUUUUAUAAACGACAUGGGGAUGUUAUCAAAUCCAGUCGCAUUGAUUAUCUCGUAGAUUUUCCUACGAAUUCAAAUCGGCGGUGAGUAGUACGGAUACCGUUGUUAUUUUCUACGUAAGUAGAUCCAGAAGGGACAGGAAGUUGUCUCGGGUCUGAAGGUUCACAUAGCCUAUCUAAACUAAAUAGUUCUUGGACGUCCACUUGAGCAUCUGAGCAUCGGUAAAGUUUCGUUUAGAGUUAUUCUGUAUCCCGCCUCUGCGGAGAUAACUCCAGAGUUUAUUUGCAGGAAGCUCUGAAGAAAAUUUCCUGUCGGCAUAUCAGCAGCAAUAAGGGUAUUGGCUCAGUCGCGUUUCAUGCAAUAGUCCUGCCAUUGCAGAUCUCCUCGAGUUCUGUUGGGAGUCCUUGAAUAUACUGCUUAAAUGCCAUAUCUCUAAGUGCGACCGCUUGUUUGUGUAAUCAAAUACUGCCGGACGUGUAAUCGAAUACUUCAAUAUUUUCCGGUAAUGGGAUCUCGUAAUCCCCAUUAGCUGGUCUAUUUUAUUUUUAUUAUCGCUCAGAUUUAGAUUCUCCAAUUCAUUCCCUUUGGAUAUGAUAACGAAGUAAACAACAUCAGCAUCUGGAUUCAAAUUUGCAAUUAUUCUACUUGUAAAUUAAAACAAGAGUCCAUAUAUUUUGAAGGCGUUUAAAAUCGUUUCAAAAGAGAUUUUUCUCCCAUCAACGUACAACACCCAGUAUGAUGCUAACUACUCGAUUUCAUAAAAGGUUAUGCCCUAAAAGAUUUUUCAAACAUUUCACAAUCUAAGACCUCGUGGCUUUGCGUUUAUCUUCGCUGAUCAUUUGAGUAGUGGUUUGAUGCCAAUCUUUGUUCCCCCUUGAAUGGGAUAACACUAUCUCGUCAUAUGACAAGUUAAGACAUUCCACUCUAAAUAAUGUUCUUAUCAAUAUGUUUGUUGUUACAUUAACAUAAAUUGAUAAUAUUUACGCAAUUUUCUUAAUGAAAAUCCGUUGGGAAAUCCAAAAGAGUUCGGUUCGGCGGAGAGGAGCAGAAGGAAUAAUUCCAUUUGGAAAGAACGAAACGAACGUUUUUUGGGUUUACAAAAAAAGUCCUUGGGUCUUUCGAAAAAAAAAUGUAGGCUCCCGAACGGAACUGUUUUUGGGCUUUUGAAUCAAUACCUUUUGCGCUUUCGAACAAAAUCCUUUUGGCUUCCGAACGGUAUCUUUUUAGGAUUCCGAAUCCCUUAAGUAUAUAGAAUCGGUAUCCCUAGUACAGGAAAAGGAAAAAAUCCAUUCAGAAGCCAGGACGGUUUCGUUCGGAAUUUCAAAAGUAUUUCUUUAAAGUAAAGUUCAAAAUAAUUUUGUUCAGAAUCCCUAGAAAUAAUUCUGUUUUGGAAGCCUAAAAGAAUUACGUUCAGAAUAGGUAUAAGGAAAUUCCUUUCUGAAUCCAAAAUCAGAGAAAGGACUUAUUUUUACUAAGCGAGAUUUUUUUUUUGUUUUCUGAACGGAGCUCUUUUUAACUUUCGGAAAGAACUUUUCCGGCUUUUUCAAUCGAUUUCUUAUGCGCUUUUGAACAAAAUCCUUUUAGGGCUUCGGUAGAGAAUCCCAUAGGAGAGGUGGGGGUAAAACGGACAGGGGUUGGAGCGUUGGAGCUAAAUCGUUACAAUUGUGGCAUUCCAUCAAGUGGAUCUUUUUUAUUGUUUCAAAUUAUAAAUGUUUUACUACUUUUAAAUAAUGAAUACUAUUUUGAUUAUUAAAGAUUUAAUGUAAACUAUGACUGAAAUGCCAUGGUGAUGCAAUUGUUGAUGAGCAGUGUUUAAGCUUUUAAAACAAAAAUCGACAAAACUAAAUUCAAUUGUUGAUUUAUCUCAUAAUUCGAUUUUUUGAGAUUUUUUUCAAGAAAUGGAUCUUUUUCUCAUUGGCAUUACAUCCCUACACUGGGACAGAGCCGCCUCGUAGCUUAGUGUUCACUAAGCACUUCCACAGUUAUUAACUGCGAGGUUUCUAAGCCAAGUUACCAUUUUUGCAUUCGUAUAUCAUGAGGCUAGCAUGAUGAUACUUUUAUGCCCAGGGAAGUCGAGACAAUUUCCAAUCCGAAAAUUGCCUAGACCGGCAGCGGGAAUUGAACCCAGUCACCCUCAGCAUGGUCUUGCUUUGUAGCCGCACGGCUAAAGAGGGCCCCAAGAAAUUGGAUCAUGGUGGGGUAGAACGGAACGUUCUGGUGUGGGUAAUUUGGACCAUAUGAAGCACACACGAAAUUUUAUUUUGAAAAGUUUGUAUUGUUUACCUCCGUAAAUACCAAGUAUUCAUUAGGAAAUUCGAGUUUUUCGUGUUUCCGAGUUUUGUUUUUUAGUAAAAUCAUUGUAUGUUACCAAUAUAUUAAUUAUUAUCCAACAUUUUUAUUAUCAGAAAAAAGAUUCCGUUCAGAUGCCCAGAACGCUCCAAUCGAAAGUCCAAAAGAAUUCUUUUGGAUUGUCCAAAAGAAUUCCGUUCGAAAGUCCAAAAGUAUUCCGUUCGGAAUUCUUGAAUGAUUUUGUUUAGAAUCCCAUCAGAAUUCCGUUUUGAUUUCUUUGGGUAGUCCAGAUUUUUUUUUCGAAUGCCCAAAAGAAUUUCUUUCAGAAGCACAAAAGGGUUCCGUUAGUAAACACAGAACGCACCAGAAAGAUUACGUUCAGAAGUUCACAUAAUUCUGUGGGCUGGGCACCCUAAUGGAAUUCUUUUGGGCUCCCGAAUGGAUUUAAUUUGAGCUUAUGAAUUGAAUCUUUUUAGGCUUCCGGAAGGAAUCAAAGUAUCUUUUCGUUUGGAAUUCUCAAACUCAAAGGAUUGCGUUUGGAAUUCAAAAGGAAUCCCGUUCAGAUGCCUAAAAGGCUUCACUCGGAAUUCAACAAUGAUAGCUUAUAGAAUUCAGAACGAAAUCCCAUAACGAUUUUGUUUGAAAACUCAAAGCCCAACAGGAUUCUGUUUUCGAAAACAACAAAUGUUUAUAAAAGUCUGUAACUGCAAUCAAAAGUAUGUAUAAUGUCUGUAAUCUGUAUGGUGUCUGUAUGCUGUAAGACCAAAUGUCUGUAUAAAUAAAGACAUGUCUGUAUGUCUGGCAUCCCUGCUGAACAGUUGUCACUUUCAUAGAAGAACUGUCAAUUGGUGGUAAAAUCAGCUGAUUUUAAACGUCUCGUAUAAAGGCGACGUUGCUGACGACGUGAAACCGAUUAUGCGUGUUCUACGAAUCAGCGCUAUAGACCAACGCAAAAUGAACUCUCCUAAGAAAUUAUGACGGUGGGCCGGGUCGUAUAAUGAACGCUCACGUGUCCAAAUCCAUUACUCAUCAACCUAUACCUAACUAUGAUGGUCGUACACUCCGUGUUGGCUGGAGCAAAACCGAAUGUAAUGUACAAACAGAUGAUGAGUCCGCAAGUUGUAUGCCCGGAAUUUAUCUAGGAUUUGUCGCAGAAUAAACAUCUGGUCCGUUAUUGAUCGUCCUUCCCGAAUACCGCUCUAAUGUUCGCCGACAAAGGUCGCCGCAAACGGUCUGCUAAACAAAAUUCGAUAGAUUACCUUGUAAGCGGUAUUGAGGAGUGUUAUACCUCGAUAAUUAGCACAAUCGAGUCUGUGCCCUUUCUUAUCGAUAGGACAUAUGAGGCCAUGAAGCCAGCUCGAAGGCAUUUCUUCUCCCUCCCAACUCUUUUCAAUCACUUGGUGGAUUUUUUCGUUCAGAUGGUCAUGUGUUCACAAUUCUUCCAGUUGGGUAUCCUCCCAUUCUUUCGUCGAAUUGCUCCGCAACGCCCUCGCCCGAUAGUCGCAGUAUGUUUAGCCGUAUCACGCUUAGAACCGGUGAUGGUGGACAACCUUGCAAAAUUGGUAGGCUACAGAUAGCCAUUCCUCUGGCUGAGGCCCAAUUGACUAGCCUCAGGCCGUUGUCGUUGGUAGUUGGGUGGAGGCUCUCCUUUCCAAAGGAGAGUGGUAGAGGCUGUUUUGGGUAUUCUACAUACCGCCGCGAUUCGUAUAAGAAUGACAUGUAGAUUUUUGACGAUUUUGAUUUUCUUCCAGAAAUAAGCUUAAAAUGACAUCAUCUUUAAGAAAAACUGGCUUUGUUCUAGAAAUUUGACAUUAAUCAAAACCCACUUGUGUUAUCCCAUCUUUCUAUUUAUUCGCAUAACAGUCGCAUUCCAGAUAUUUUGAUACACUUGCACAAAAAAUAAAUAUAAUCAUGGUCCAAUUAAUAGUUCUAUAGCAAUGAAGAACUUGCCAUUAAUUCUCAACACACAGAUGCGAUCACUUACCGGCCGUCAUCUAAUGAUUCGAUAAGUAUUGCACAUAUCUAGCUGUCUGAGCUUAACUACAGAUAAUGAAUUUUACUCAUCUUCUCUCUUUUCAAAUCUGUUGAAUCUGUUUAUCAGGUUUUUGAAUUUCGAAUAAUUCAGGACCACUUGCAAAUUCACGCCAAAACAAUAUUUUUUUGCGAAAACCACAGGGUUUGAAUCCAAAGAAGAAUGACAAAAUCUUUCACUUAUCAUGUCUGUAUACUUACUCUCUACAUAGGUAGCAUACCGUGAGAGACGUUUUUCGAAAUCUGUUACGAUAAUGAACUGAUUCGGGGGCUAUACCUCAUGAUAAAGGCCAUAUCAAAAUUAUAUCAAAAUAUGUUAUUAUGUUUUAAAUUUCUUCAACAAAAUUUGUUAGAAACUUGAUGCAGGAUGUUGUUAAAAUAUUUAAAUUUAUAUAAAAAAUAACACUACUUUAAACAAAAAAAAAUCAAAUUAUGUUACAAUUUUGUCACAAAGAUAACAUAUUCUGUUAGAAAUUUAUAACAGAAUCAGAUACAUAAUAUAUUGUUUACUGUGUAGUUAAAAAAUUUUACAGGUCCUAAUAGGAUUGUGAUCAUCUUCAGAUGUUUUUGUAUUUGUCUGAACAUGAUUAUUUUUCAAGAACAUGGAACUAAGCCUUUGCCAAUUUGGCAAUCUUUUUAAAUUAUAUCAACAUUUGGCUUGAAGACUUCAGCAUGCUUAGGUGGCCGAAGAAUUUCAAACAAAUCCUGAUUUCAUCAAUGAAGUUUCUCAGCAAAUGAGCAAUAUUUUAAAAUUUUCAAGUUUUCUUGAAGUUUUGUGGAAAACAAUUAUGAUCUCACGCUUUGUAAAAUAGACCUUAAAUGUGAUACAACGCAUGUAUCGAAUUCUGGCAUUUUUGAUUUGUCUGGUAAAGUGUUUUAGGGAUUUCGUAAUGCUGCUAUUUCUUGAAAAUUUUCAAUUUUUAGUAAACAAGCUAGGCUUCUUUAGUUUCGACAAAGUUUUGGCAAAUCUCUCAGAUUUUAAAGAGAGGUAAUUUAAUUUUAAAUGAGAAAGAACUUGGAAUACUGUUGGAUGGAUUAUAAAAAUCCACAGAUUUUUUUGCUUUUCUAAGGCUCCUAUGAUUUUCUCACGACAUUGUUUACAAAAUCACAUACGUCCUUUUGAAUAAGUACCCGAGAUUUCUAUUUUUUAUAGGCUGAGUGUCGUGGACCAUAAUUUAUAAUGUUCAAGUCGUCAAGUGGUCAGCCAACUUGCGAACAAUAUAUAUAUUAGUUGUUUUGAGCAUUGAGCGAAAACGAUAACUUAAUUGUUUUGAGUGAAAAAGUAGAAAAAUUUCAGAAAAAGUUAGCUCCCUGUAGAAUUUUCCAUUAGUUACGCCAAUGUUGCUUACCAAGCAAUACAAAACCAAUUCCAUGCUCCGCCUUCUCGUCGCCACUGUAGAUGAUGUGAUACUUAAAUGAAGUACCCGCAAACUGCGGGGAAUUGCGGUCAAUUGUUGUCAAAUUCUGUAUUUUCGAAUACAUUUUCCGAGGUUGACUGUUUUUAUUUUGUCUUACCGGGGUGCGAUACCUAGCCACGUGGUCGGACUGCUAUCUUAGGAAUAGUUGGCGUGACACCGCCUUUCUUGUCAGCUGACCGCUACGGGCCAGACGCUGUUUUGGGCCGCCCCUAACAUGUGGUAAGAUGCUCAAUGCAGGUUUGAUUAAAGUCCCUCACUCCAGGACUAGGCUAGUGCGCUUUGAACGGCACACGGUCGCUUUGAUAGGGCCUGCUUUUGUGGAUACACACAGCUUUUUAUAGAAGUGCAACAGAGCCCACGGUAGGUGUAGUUGAUACGAUGAUCCACUCAUCAAGAAUUACCGAAUGAUAACGUUCGAUAUAAGGACGUUUCACACCAACUUUUGACUUCAGUUUAGCUGCUUGUUGGAAAAGUUGAAAAAUUUAACCAACAAAUUGAGCGUAUUAGAUAUAUAAUGAAAAUUGGCAUUAUAAUCAAACUUGUUUCAUAUUAGUAAUUAUAGCAGAAUGGAUCCCAUCUAAAGGCUUUUCGUGAAAUUUACUUCACGGUCGGACAUUAAUUGUCGCACUAGGUCUCUACAUUUUUAAGAAUACUCUAAAAAAGUCUAGUGGGUAAUAUCAAUUUGCGAGAGAAGUACCAAAUCCAAACGUUUGAGUCUCUACUCGUUGAAUUAGCCAUUUUUAUGAGAAGAUAAAUUGACACAAUCAACGAUAAAACGAGAAAACCAUACCUGUUAAACCGGCAGGGACCAGAUUGCUCACUGCUCAUGUCAAACACCACUCCUUAGAACCCACUCCACCGCCAAUUGAAUCGGCACCGAACUUUGUUCUCUGUGUAGACCCAACGAAGCAAACAAAAUACGAUCUACUUAACUGAAUUCGUAUGGAAUUCUCCACAAACCAGCUGGAAACCGUACUUCAAAAUGGGUUUGUCACAAACCAUGUAAUUAGUAAUUUAUUGACACCCGGACUGGCCCAUUGCGCGAACAUUUUGUAAUAACUUGGUGCACUUUCCGGAGAAUGUGGAUAAGCGGAAAUCAAGAUAAGCUAAAACAUUGAUCUAUUGAAACCCGAUUGAUAGUGGAAGUAAAUUAAUGUGUUAGAAGUGUAGCUAAAGUAAACCCUAUAUAAAUAUGAAUAUAGCAAAAAAAAGGAAUCAAUGAAACAACAAAACAAAGCCAGAAGAAAUCCAGAAGAGAAACUAGUUUAUUUAGUAACGAUGAGCCCACGGCGUAACAAAUCUAGCAAAAUCCGGAACCUACAUCAAAAGCCAGACAAGCAUACAGUGGUACUAUUUAGGUGUGUUUGCGUGUGCGUGACUUCAUCCCGAAUACGCUCGGGUGUCGGAAUGGCAUUCCCAAACCGAAGGGGUUUGAUGCCAUCGAUUAAGGGAAUAGGAACCACACCACCGGAAGUCGUUUGUGGUGGACCACUGCCCGGUGGUGCCCCUCACCCCAAGUACUUGUAUCAAAUCUAACAUUAGUUAUGUUGAAGAAUCUCUCUUGCUAAUAUGGGCAAGAAGCGAAUCAGAGGGAGGGAUAGAAUGAUUAUUUAAGUGUCCAGUCCGAUCCUGUUUCAAAACACCCCUCCCAAAUGCUGGUUGACCUUCCACAAUAUCAGGAGGAUCAGUAUCAAAAAGCUGCGGACACUCUGGUGAGAGUGGUGCGAUAAUGAGCAUUCAUCAUCCCGGGUGGAUGAGAUAAAGAAAUACGAACAAACUGGGCGCGUGAGAUCAUAUACGAUACGAAAAAAGAAACAGAAACAAAGUGGGAGAAAUCGAAAAAAGAAACUACUUGUAGAUGUAGUAGAAAAUACAACAAAAGUAUAUAAAUACAUGGAAAACACUUGAUUUUCUUCCCACUUGACCCUCUUCUGUUGUACAACUGAAUGUGUGUUUGAAGCUUAAGAUAAAACUGAAGGUGAAAGCACCUUCUCGGGCAAACAAGCUGAAUAUGCGGAAAGAAUACCGGAUUCCGGGAAUCUUUCCAUCAUUAUUACAUAAUAAGAAAGAAUGUAACAGUGUAGUGUAGGUCGAGCUAAAUAUGUGUACAUUUUUAUUAAAGUGACUAAUUAAUGAACGAAGGUACUGCAGUUGCUGCUAAAUCUUUGUGUUUCUAGUUAUUAUUUUUAAUCGAGGAAAAGUUUCUUACUUUUUGCCGCAGAUUUUCGUCUCUCAGUAAGAAGGUUAAAUUAUUAUUGCUUUUUGUAUGACUUUUCAAUUUACCAAUUUAGGUGCAGCAAGCACCCUCCAAUAGAAAAACCGUUUUCCUUUGUAGAUUAUUUUAUGAAGGAAGAAGCAACGAGUAAAUAGUGAACAGUCGUUGAUAAAUGGAAUAAAAAAAAGGAAAACCCAGAAAAACACAAAAACGAUAUAAAGUAAACCUUUAUCAUAGGAAGCUAGGAAUGUAGGACGGGAACUCUUAAUAACCUAUUAUUUAAAACACGAGUUAAAACACAGAAGACGGUAGAAUGAAAAUAUAUAAAUGUCAAAUGAAUUCAAUUACGAAUAAUUUAACAUUAAAAUAAAGGAAAACCAGACAAACAGAAAAAAAAAACAAACAACCAGACACACACACGCAUUACACGUAAACUAAGCAACACCUUGAUGGAUAAAAUGAGGUUAAAGUGGUACGAAGGAACAUAAAAAUAUGGGAAGAACUAGUUGGACACGACGAUGGUAAAAUUGACCCACUUAGAAGAGCUAGCCACUGUAAUAUGUGCUGGACAAACGAUAUAUGAAACAAAACAAAAAAAAAUGAAGUGAAUGAACACGAUACGGAGAAAAGGAGUAAUACACGUGAAAUGAUGCAAAAUUAUAUAAUGAAAACUAUUUGUAAUUAUUAUUAUUGACAUAAAGGUAUAAAUACACUUAGUUUUUUUAAUUAAAAUAAUAAAAAAUUAUAAAAAA